CCCCCGCACCAAGAAACGCAGCCAAACAGCCACCAUCCUGAGCCUCUCUCCCUCCCUUCAUGGCGGUCUUUAACCGUUGCCUAAGAACCAGAGUGCUGGCGGCGGUAACACCAACGACGGCGUUUGCUUACGUAAUUCGGACGCUCUCCGCUUCGUGUUUGAGGAUGAAUCUCGGAGGUGAUCUCAAAUCGGCUUCUGUGCUGGGGCAGAAUCCGCUCCAUCUAAAGAGGGAGCUCAGUGGCAGGAAUGUCCAAUGGGUGUUCUUGGGAUGCCCCGGAGUUGGCAAAGGCACAUACGCUUCUCGCCUGUCGAACCUCCUCGGUGUACCUCACAUCGCCACCGGCGAUCUCGUUCGCGAUGAGCUCUCUUCCUCCGGUCCUCUCGCCUCUCAGCUCAAGGAUAUUGUAAACCAGGGCAAAUUGGUUUCAGAUGAAAUCAUAAUCAAUUUAUUAUCCAAACGUCUAGAAGCAGGAGAAGCUAAGGGUGAAUCUGGGUUCAUUCUUGACGGAUUUCCUCGAACAAUAAGACAGGCGGAAAUAUUAGGAGGUGUAACAGAUAUUGACUUGGUGAUUAACUUGAAGCUACGGCAAGAAGCAUUGCUUGCAAAAUGCCUUGGCCGAAGGAUUUGUAGUGAGUGUGGAGGAAAUUAUAAUGUUGCCACUAUUGACAUCAAGGGUGAGAAUGGGAAUCCUGGAAUGUACAUGGCUCCCCUUCUUCCUCCACCUCAAUGUGCAUCAAAGCUCAUCACUCGAGCUGAUGAUAAAUUGGAAGUUGUGAAGGAACGGCUCCGUAUUUACAAUGAGAUGACUCAACCUGUGGAGGAGUUCUAUCGCAGCCGUGGGAAGUUGUUAGAGUUUGAUCUUCCAGGAGGAAUCCCGGAAUCCUGGCCAAAGCUGCUUCAGGCCCUUAAUCUUGAAGAUCAUGAAAACAAAAGGUCUGCUGCAGCAUGAUGCUCUAGAACCCUAUAGGCUGUAACAUAUGGAUUAUAUUUACAACGUAAGUUAGGUCAUUCUUUGCACGUGUAAGACGCGCACACAUUUAUUUUAUCCCACAAACACAGGGGACAUGCCUAAACUUCUGAACAAGGUAGCUUCCUUCUGCUUCAGACAAAAAGAAAACGUUGCUUUGUGUCGAGUCAUAUGUAAACGAAAGUGAAUAUGGGGAUAUGAUGGGAGAGGUGGGGGAACUAUGUUAUCACUGGUGGAAAUUGAUUUUCUUGGUUGUAGAUUGCUUACCUCAGUGAAUAUAUCUGUCAUUCAAUUUAACUGUGUAGUUUAUUAAUAUAACCUACUAUGGAUCUGGUGAAUUCGAAAGUUAAGAAACUAGACUAGAACUCAUAUGGUAGGGAACAGCAAGGAGGUGCAAGUUUAAGCUUAUCACUAUGUAAUGAAUUUUUUGUUAUCCUUCAUGCCUGUACCUGUGAGCUUUAAGGAUUUAUGUAUCUGGAAAGGAGUAGGAUCUGCAUACAAUCUUGUUUCUGCUUUCCGAGUUGAAAAAUUAGUUUUUGACAUAGAGAAGGACCAGAAAACAAGGAUCACUGUAAUUAGCUUACUUAAGGAGAAAAAGGCAAUUGUAUUUCCAGUGAUAGACAUUGUGAGGGACUCUGAAUCUGUUAAACCCUUUUGUUCAGUUACCAAGUUGAUGAUAGUGAAUUAUGCCUUCUACUGUUCUACAUGUUUCUGUCUUCACAUGGAACCGACAUGUUAAGCUGUGUGGUACGACCUUAAUUAGAGCAUU